AUGAGACGCUCCGCGAAAGUAAUAAGUUUGCCUCGCGACGGCAGCCGUAGCGCGUCAGUGGGAAGGCGGGACACGAGCAGGAAAGGCGGAAGAGGUGAGGCAGCUGCUAGGCUGGAUAAAAUAAGGGAGGCUGCCGACGAGGCUCGCCCGCCCGUAGGGUUGCGGGUGGUUGUUGCUGUUGUUGUUUUACGUAUGUGUAUUCAUGUUGUGAGGGGUUUUUUUUGGGGGGGGGUGCGAGUGAGGUUAGCCUAUAAUCUCGAGGCUUCCGGCAGGAUCGAACCCGCAGCUGUCGAGCGUCCAAGGCUCGCGCGCCACCAGCGUUCCAUGGGGACCCCGCCCCCUGCCGUCGCUUCAGGAGACCCCGUGGGGAGCUUGGGCGAGGUGGCGGAGCCCGAUCUGCAGCUGCAGCGCAGCGCAGUGUCUAUCUUUAGAAACAAAUAAUUAGUGCAAACUGUUAUGGAUGCCUAAGUUAGACUUGGAGCAUGUUCACUGUAAGGCUUCCUGACAUUCACAAAAUAUGUUGACCCUGGUUGAAGUUCUUUGAAGGGGCAGCCCAAGUUGGCAUGAGUGGAUAUAAGAACAUAAAACUAUCCGAACUGAGUCAGGCAAGUGACUCAUCCAUCAUUUUGUUCUCACAAUGGCCAACCAGAUUCCUGUGGAAAGCCCAAAGCAGGAUCUUGGCACAACAACACUCUCCCCAUGUGUGAUUCUCAGCAACUAGCAUUCAGAAGCGUACUGCAUCUGACAAUGUAGUAGAACCUACUAGUAGUAAUUAUUGAUACUUAUAUCCUCCAUAAAUUUGUCUUAAUUCUCUAUUUCACCCAUCCCAGUUGGUACCCAUUGCUACCUUUGGCCACAGUGAAUUCCAUAGUUUAAAUAUAAUAAUAAUAAUAAUAAUAAUAGUAAAUAAUUAUUUGUACCCUGCUCUCCCUGGCUGGAGCCAGGCUCAGAUAACAUCAUAUACGGUAAAUAACACAGUAUACAUAAAAACAGGCAUCAAUUAAUUAAAAUACACCUUAAAAUUAAUUCAGACAAAUUAAAAUAUGCACUGUGUGAAGAAGUUCUUUUCUUUUGUCUGUCCUUGAAUCUUCCCAUGUUCCGCUUCAUUGCAUGGUCCAGAGUUUUAGUAUUCUGAGAUCCAGUAGAAGAGAGGUAACUCCAACAAGGAUCUCAGCUAUUUGCCAAGUUUGAGGAAUGUGUCAUCUUCCUGGGGUAGUAUUUUCUAACAGCACACUGAACAUGCCGUAGUUGUGUCUCAAAGCAAUGUUCCUGUAUUUUGGGCUAUCUCACUCAACGUUUCUAUAGUGGUUCCAGAGGACGUGACCUGCUUCUCUCUGUACUGGCAGGUGCUUUCCCUGUCAUGGUGAUUGAGAGGCAGAAUGGGAAUGUGUUAGUGCAUCUCGGGCCCAAGAUUCAGACCUAUCCUGAGGAGUUAAUCCGGCAGCGCCGUGGUCACGAUGGGCACAUUGAAUACCUGAUUCGCUGGAACCUGGAAAAUGGUACAGGAAGUAGGCCUGGCACCUGUUCAGCAGAGAGCAGCAUGGAGAAUUUCCUGAUGUGGAUGUCGGCAGAUGAUGCCUAUGCCAACUGCCCAACACUCUUAGGCAAGAGGACACCCAAGGAAGAGAGUUCACGCAGAAUAUUCCCUCCCGAUGUCACGUUGGAUGAAGCAUCUCUUUUGGAGAUGAAGGCCGAUGUCAGGAACUUAGUGCAGCGGGCUGCUUGGCAAAUGGCCAGCCCCACAGUCCCUCAGUCCUCCAUCCUGAACACCAUUCAAGUGCUCAGUGCUUAUGCCAGUAUUGGCUCAUUGAUGGGGGUCUUCAAGGAAACGGGUGCCCUCAGUCUGCUGAUGAAGAUGCUGUGUAACGAGGAGGAGCAGAUCCGUCGCAGCGCAGGCAAGAUCCUGAGGGCUCUGGCUUCGCACGAUGCAGGUGAGACUCAGAAGAUUUGUUCUUUUUUAGGGACUAACUCCAGCUAUGAUGCAAUUCCUGUCUACGGACCACACUAGCCCUUUGUAUUUAAUGUGCAGGGUUUUUAAAAAUGCAACUAGCAUCAGGUGGUAUGUGUGUACUGAUAAUUAUCAAGAUUGCAGCAAGCAUGAAUGGGUAUUUAAUCCUUUCCUCCUGUGCAGCAGUCCUGAAGGAAAGUCCUCCUCUCAAGCUGGUGUUUGCAGACUCUUAUUGGUGUCAAGGGUGGGAUGGGGGAAAGGUUUCUCCUAAUGGAAAUACUAAUUUUAGAGGAGGAAUAUUCCUCAGUCCGCAGAAGGAGCCAAAAGGGUUGAAUUCCCUCCCUGCUUACUCUGAUCCCAUUAAUUAUCAACCUCACUGGGUGAUGCGACAAGUCUGGUUUGGACCUAAGGCUUCUAAAGUAUCUUAAGACAUGUUCUUUUGUAAGUUGCAUAAAAUGACACUGCCUAGCCAAUGCUAUCCUCAUCCCCCUACCACUGUAAACAGACACUAUCCCGCCCCCUUAAUCUCCUAUGAAAAUUAUUUCUUGUUCGGCCUUGGUUAAUACUUCUAAUAAAUGGUUGAAUUACCAAAACAUUAUAGGGUGACUGUCAGUUAUGAUUCCCAAAGCCAUAUUAGGGCACUGACUUUAUUUUAAAUGAUGAGGAGUCUGUUUGCAUUUGAUGAAUGCACCUCACAGUAGCAAAAAGGGAUACCCCAGACAUUUUCUUGCCUGGAACCUAGUAUGCACAUUUCUGCCUCGAGCAUGAAGAGCUGCCCUGUGUGGGCAGAAGCAUUUUGCCAGUCCCACUAAGCCAUACUUUGGCUUAGCGUAAGGUGUGAACCAGGCCAUUAACUGCUUCCUCGUAGCUUUCUGACUUAGUUUUUUGACAAGAAUUAAUCCCCCGAGCCUCAUUCUGUAAGCUGCUACCUGGAAUUGCCUCAUUUUAUGUGUUCUAUUGGGACGUGGGUGGCGCUGUGGGUUAAACCACAGAGCCUAGGACUUGCUGAUCAGAAGGUUGGCGGUUUGAAUCCCCGCGACGGGGCCAACCUAGCCGUUCGAAAGCACGUCAAAGUGCAAGUAGAUAAAUAGGUACCGCUCUGGCGGGAAGGUAAAUGGCGUUUCCGUGCGCUGCUCUGGUUCACCAGAAGUGGCUUAGUCAUGCUGGCCACAUGACCUGGAAGCUGUAUGCCGGCUCCCUCGGCCAAUAAAGCGAGAUGAGCGCCGCAACACCAGAGUCGCCCACAACUGGACCUAAUGGUCAGGGGUCCCUUUUCCUUUACAUGUUCUAUUGCUUAUGUCUCUGUGAAAGAACCGAUUCCCAUCUUACUGUGGAGACGGGAGUUCUGUGAGCAAGAAGAUGCUUUAGUACAUAUGCAAAGGAAGCGCCAUAUUAGUUAUCUCUGGUUUCAGGAAGCCGAGCCUAUGUCCUCUUGUCCCUGAGCCGGCAGGAUGGCAUUGAACAACACAUGGACUUCGACAGCCGCUACACCCUCCUUGAGCUGUUUGCAGAAACAACAUCCUCAGAAGAGCACUGCAUGUCCUUUGAGAGGAUCCCCCUUCCACAGGUAUUAACUGACCUAGAUGGGACUGCUUCCAGUACAGGUCUGCGGGUAUAUUCGAGGGGUGUGUGGGCGAGGUAAUUGUGAAGUACCGUAUUUUUCGCUCUAUAAGACGCACCAGACCACAAGACGCACCUAGUUUUUGGAGGAGGAAAACAAGAAAAAAAAUAUUCUGAAUCCCAGAAGCCAACACAGCAAGAGGGAUCGCUGUGCAGUGAAAGCAGCAAUCCCUCUUGCUGUUCUGGCUUCUGGGAUAGCUGCGCAGCCUGCAUUCGCUCCAUAAGACGCACACACAUUUCCCCUUACUUUUUAGGAGGGAAAAAGUGAGUCUUAUAGAGCAAAAAAUAUAGAGCAAAAAAAUACCUGGAGAGAGGUCCAGCGCCAAGGGCCUUCUGGCGGUUCCCUCGCUGCAAGAAGCCAAGUUACAGGGAACCAGGCAGAGGGCCUUCUCUGUAGUGGCACCCGCCCUGUGGAAUGCCCUCCCACCAGAUGUCAAAGAGAAAAAUAACUACCAAACUUUUAGAAGACAUCUGAAGGCAGCCCUGUUUAGGGAAGCUUUUAAUGUUUAACCGACUAUUGUAUUUUAAUAUUCUCUUGAAAGCCGCCCAGAGUGGCUGGGGAAACCCAGCCAGGUGGGCGGGGUAUAAAUUAUUAUUAUUAUUAUUAUUAUUAUUAUUAUUAUUAUUAGUUUAUUUAUUGAAGGCAGGGGGACAAGUGCACGGAGAUCCCCCCAUUACUUUAUUUAUAUCCUCUCUAUUUGCACGUUCAAGGUGCCUCACAAAAUCAGCCUUGCAAAAAGCAUCACCAACCCUGAAUAUGUUUUGGACUGAAGUUCCGAGCCGUCACAGCCAGUGGUCAGGGCUGAUGAGAGUUAAAAGUCCAAAAUAGUAUGGGAAAGGCUGAUUUAAAUUGAGGCACUUUAAAUAAUGGUCUCAAUCAGCAAGGAAGAAAAGGCCGCUUUAAAUAAUGGAUGUGAAUCAAGUUUACAUGGCUAUUUCUUCAUAGUUUUUCAUUUUCUACCCUGCUCCAGAUUCCAGGGAAGCUGCUGUUUUCUCUGGUGAAGCGCUACCUAUGUGCCACCUCCCUCGUGGACAAACGCCAUAGCGCCACAGACCUGGGAGGGGAGCAUGCAACCUCUGAGCCUUUCAGUGCAUGCUCUGGGGACAGCAAAAGGCUGCAGCGUGAGUUUGACUUCAGCAUGGCCAUGGCCAGCCUUAUUUCAGAGCUGGUGCAGGCCAUGGGCUGGGAUCGCGGUUGGCAGCUCCGGACUCUCAGCAGGAAGCCGCCCUGGGCAGCUCAGUCUAUCUUCCAGUCCCAGGCUCCCAGUGGCGCCACCGUCCCGCCAGCCACUCAGGUCCCCCAGAAGGAGACCAGCACUUUCAAACUGCGCUCAGCCUUCCCCAGUCGCAACAGCUAUGUGGAGUACGUGCAGGAGAAGCUGGUGCGGGGCAUGUGCGUGCGCAUGUUGGAAGACUAUGAGAAAGUCUGUGCGGGAGACGAAGGCGAGUUCCUCCAGAGCAAUGACGGCACGCCACCCAUCCAGGUAUUGCUGAGUUUGGGGGCAAAGCUGGGAGAGGGGAACAUCCUGGCUUCUGGGACCCAGCCUUUCUCAACCUGUGGGUCCCCAGAUGUUGUUGAACUACAACUGUUGAACUAGCAAGGCCAGAGCUCAGGGAUGAUGGGAGUUGUAGUCCAACAACAUCUGGGGACCCACAGGUUGAGAACCACUGCCGUAAGCUAUGGAAUUUUGAUGUUUGGGGGUCUCGUUGGGUUUCUGAAGCUAUUCUGGCCUUGGGGGCAUGAGCAGCAGAAUCACCACUGUGUCAAGAGGAGGGUUUUGGUCUGACUGGGGAGCCUCUCUGUUGUUCAACACUGAGGUCCAGCUCUAAGGGCCUUCUGGCAGUUCCUUCAUUGUGAGACGUGAGGUUACAGGGAACCAGGCAGAGGGCCUUCUUGGUGGUGGUGCCCACCCUGUGGAAUGCCCUCCCGUCAGAUGUCAAGGAAAUAAGCUGACUAUUUCAGAAGACAUCUGAAAACAGACCUGUAUCAGGAAGUUUUUAAUGUGUGAUGUUUCACUGUGGUUUUAAAAUUUGUUGUAAGCCGCCCAGAGUGGCUCGGGCAACCCUUUCAGAUGGGUGGCAUAUAAAUAAUAAAUCAUUAUGGCUGCUGAAUGGUAUAAGGGGCAAGGUCAAAUUGCUUGCAAGACAAGCAGGCUGAGUCUUCUUUUUUUUUAUGUUGGCCCCUGUUUGUUUCCAGGUUUACUGGGAGUCUCUGGGCCGCACAUACUGGGUGCAUUGGCACAUGGUUGAGAUCAUUGGUUCCUCGGGGCAUGCAGAUGAGAAAGCCCAAGAAAAGUUAACCAGCCUUACAGCUUCUUUGAGACGGGACACAGGUAAGGCAGUGCUGGGAUGUUAUAAUAAAUAAUAAUAAUAAAUUUUUAUUUAUAUCCCUGUUCAAAAACCAGGCUCAGGGCGGCUAACAACAAAUUUUAAAAACUUAGUUGUAAAAGCAGCAUAAAAUACAGUAUAAAAACAUGAAUAACAAUAAAAUUCAAAGUUCAGAAAUCAGUUUAGGGGAAAUCCAUCUAAUAUGCAUAAUUAGAUAAUCACCAGGGCUAGCUGGCUGAAUUAGUCCUACUUGGGCCAGCGAGGAGGCCAGGGGAGAAUUAGCUGUGGGAUCCCAGAGUGGGUAAUCUUUAUAAAAAGGGGAAGGGGAGGGAAGGGAAGGAAGGGGAAUAAAAGAUCAGGCUAAGUUCAUAUUGAAAGCCAGGCGGAAUAGCUCUGUCUUACAGGCCCGAUGGAAGGAGGUUAAAUCCUGAAGGGCCCUAGUCUCCUGGGACAGAGCAUUCCACCAGGUCAGAGCCAUCACUGAAAAGACCCUGGUCCUGGUGGCGGAUAGUCUGACUUCCUUAGGGCCCGGGACCUGUAAACUAUGGUUAUUCAUGGACCUUAAGCUCCUCUGUGGGGCAUACCAGGAGAGGUGGUCCCAUAAAUAAGAGGGCCCUAAGCCUCAAAUGGCUUAUUUUUCAGCUGAUCAUUCAUGGUUCUAAUCUCUGUCUUUGAGCUGUGUUCUUGCUGCUUACACUUUCUCUGUAGGCUGGCUUCAGUCCGUUCUUUCCCUGGCUCGCUUGAGUCCUGAAUAGGUGAAAUGGACUGUUGAAAGGAUAUUCCCCUCUCCCCUUCUCCAUUAUUAAAGCUCAGCAAUAAGAGCACAUGCUUUGCUGUCAGGAACUGGCUGGAUGCUGAGAAGCGAGGUUGGAGGCUGACUUAGGGAGAAGGGAUCAGUGAUCUGGCUUAGCCUGUAACAACCAGGAGGUGAAAGGCAGAGGCAGGAGAAGCUGGAGGACUGGAGAGUGAAGAAUCGAUGCCAGAGGAGGGAGGGAGAGGUCUGGCUGGUAUAGAGGGCUUCCACACCUCCUCCUGCGGCCCCCACCUCUCCUGCUCCACUGUCUCCCUGGACCAGGAGAGGGUUGAAAUGGGAGGAGCAGACUACACAGGUGUAGUCUCUGCUUCUUUGUGUGCAACUCGGGUGGGGAAGAUACAUAAGUGGAGGUUGAGGGGUGGUGCUUCUCUCUCGCGGCAACUGCCUCAUUGGCUGCACAUCUAGGAGCAGCUGAGAGGCGUUGGACUGAUUCACAUGCCUUUUCCUAACUUGUAGGUGUACUUUUGACAAUAAAGAGUUAAAUCUUCCCUCUCGGCUUUCCUUGCCUGACAGCGCCGGCUCCAGGUUCAGUCCCUGGCAUUUCCAGUUAAAAGGGUCAGCUAGUAGGCGAUCAUCAUCAUCAUUUUAUUUGUAUGCUGCCUUUCCAUAGUUAAAAACAAUGCUCAAGGCGGCUUACAACAUGGCAAGAUUUAUGAAAGUCAUAAACAAUAAAUAAACCACAUCAAAAAAAAAGAAAGAACCAAAUGGAAAACAGUUUCCACAUAAGUAAAAAUCUAAAACUAAGAAUACAGCAUUAAUAUCACAGUUUAAAAUGACAUAGGUAAAAAAUAACAGGAAUUAAAAAAACAAAGGCAAAAGGCUUCCCACCCGCCUUCUUGGAUUUUCCCAUUCCUCGGCCAUCCUGGAGCAGCUCUGUCAGUCAAGUGUCAGGAAUGCUGAGGAAGAUGAACCAAUGGCCUGGCUUGUUACAAAGCAGCUUCCCAUGUGUCUUCCUGCGUAUGACAUCAGAGAUUAUUUCGCUGGCUUUGAAUUCAUUGAAUUCAUUUAACUCAGCAGGACCUACUUCCGUGUAGGCGCAUCUGUAGGAGUGUGUUAUAGUGUCAGAGGUUAAAGUUGCUUUGUGGGGUUGGGAAAAAAUGGCUGCUUCUUCCACCUGGACCAGGUUGCUCUGCAAGGGGAUUUUUGCUUUGAGGACAGCAUUUAAAACGGCGCUCUCUUGAGAAGCCAUAAAACACCCCUCUGUUAUUUUGUGCUCACCUGCAAGCUAACCAGGCAACGUACCGUAAACCGCUUCGGGGCCUGUACUUGGCGCCAUACCUGACAGAUCAUAUGAAGGAGAAGUCUGAGACUCUGAGCCGGGCUGAAUGGUGGGAGCUCCUCUUCUUCGUUAAGAAGCUAGAACAGCAGGAGCAGCAGGAAGUGGUCCAGCUCAUCCAGCAGAACGAGAAGGUAAAGAGCUGGGAAGAACCAGUAGUGGGAGAUUCAUUUAAGUUAGGAAUGAGCCGGUGCCUCUCUUGUUUCUGUUGGUACUCCCUGUUCCAGAAUGAGAAGGUUCUGAGUCUGGAGAUGUAAGAUGUCAGAAGGAACAAUGUAUCAUGUAUGGUGGGGAUGUGAGAAAAUCAAAAAGUUCUGGGGUGGUAUUCAUGAAGAAUUAAAAAAGAUGUUUAAAACAACAUUCGAGAAAAGACCAAAAUAAUAUAAUAAUAAAUUUUUAUUUAUACCCCGCCCUUCCCAGUUCAAAAAACCGGGCUCAGGGCAGCUAACAACAAAUUUUAAACACUUAAUUGUAAAAGCAACCUAAAAUACAGUACAAAAACAUGAAUAAUAAUAAAAUUCAAAGUUCAGAAAUCAGUUUAGGGGAAAUCCAUCUAAUAAGCAUUAGAUAGUCACCAGGGCUAGCUGGCUGAAUUAGUCCUACUUGGGCCAGCGAGGAGGUCAGGGGAGAAUUAGCUGUGGGGUCUCAGAGUGGGUGAUCUUCAUAAAAGGGGAGGGGAAGGGAAGAGAAGGGAAAUAAAAGAUCAGGCUGAAUUCAAAUUAAAGGCCAGGCGGAAUAGCUCGUUCUUACAGGCCCGACAGAAGGAGGUUAAAUCCUGAAGGGCCCUAGUCUCAUGGGACAGAGCAUUCCACCAGGUCGGAGCCAUCACUGAAAAGGCCCUGGCACUGGUGAAGGAUAGUCUGACUUCCUUAGGGCCUGGGACCUCUAAACUAUGGUUAUUCAUGGACCUUAAGGUCCUCUGUGGGGCAUACCAGGAGAGGCGGUCCCAUAAAUACGAGGGCCCUAAGCCACAAAGGGCUUUAAAGGUCAAAACCAGCACCUUGAACCUGAGCCUAUACUCCACUGGGAGCCAGUGCAACUGGUAAAGCACUGGGUGAAUAUGCUCCCAUUGCAGGGACCCCGUCAGGAGUCUCGCUGCAGCAUUCUGCACCUGCUGGAGUUUGUGGGACAGUUUCAAGGGCAGCCCCACGUAGAGCGAAUUACAGUAGUCAAGCCUGGAGGUGACCGUCACAUGGAUCGCUGUGGUCAGAUUGGGGCAGGAAAGGAAAAGCAUUUCUUCUAGGUGUAUUGACAAAAGACAUCCUCAAUAAUAAUAAAAAGAAUUCUUAUACACGACAGCUGCCGCCAGGAUUCUAGUUGCAAAAAACUGGAAGGGGUCUCUGUACAUCAAAUCUUUCUCUCUGUAUUUCAAGCUGCCAGAGCUAGACGAAGAAGGCCUGAUUCCGCUGUCUGUCUCCGUAGAGCUAGCUCAGAAAGUGCUGCAGUUCCUGAGCAGGCGCUGCCAGGGCAACGCCCAAAGUGAUCUGCACAGCUCCCACGUCUAUCUCAAGUAUUCCUCCAGCGAAGGAGGGACAGGUGGACAAAAGGUGGACCUGGCCCUUGCGAAGUGUGGCAGCCUUUCCAAAGCCACAGCGCCCGAAAAGACAGAGGAGGACUCACUGUCUACCGAAGCGCCUUCUCCAGCUCCAUCCCCGGAAGAGAAAACAGACACCCAGCUGGUUCAUGAGCUCCUCAGAAUGGAAGGACUUUCUUACCCAGACAUGCUGGAUGAGAAAACCAAAGGUAAGUAACUGGCAGACACUGGGACUUAAUUUUGUGUUCAAGAGACUUCACCUUGGACUAAAGUAGAUGUAACAACAGGAGCCACCUAAAAUGAGAGACUUGUAUCGAGUCCUCCUCGCCCUCUAUAAAGUUUGUGUAGUUGAGAUUGUCCCUUCACAACAUUUUGUAUUUCCCCCAUUCAUUGGCUGAGGAGGGCAGAAAAGCAGAACAUAGCAGCACAAGGGAAAUUUUUUAUCAGGCUUUUGGAGAGAGGCCUACUUUUUCCCGCAGCGGCAACCUUGUGUUUCUUGUCAGGUCUAGCUCGGUCUUUCUUAUCUGUGUGUCUGUGAACCAGUGGGAAGGCGGUGUACAAGACUCAUUUGCCCAACAUGGGGCUUGAACCCACAACCCCGAGAACAUGAUCAAGUUUCUGGUUUGAUAAUAGCCUGGGUAGCUUCUUGUCAGGAAAAAGGGAAUGCUAGGGAAAGCCUCUAGGGACAAAAAGGUUUUGUGUGCUGUGGGUGACAAGGAGGAGCAAGCAGGUGCGAGGAUGCUGAGAUGAAACUGACUGAAGGACCGUUGUGCUGAUAGAUCUGUUGAUCAGCUUUCUGCAGUGUGAAGCUGGUCGGGAAGAAGAGCACCAUCGAGCAGCUCUCCGAUGCCUUGGAGAUGAUCCAGAAGCCCAGCUGUGACGCUGAACAGCAGAUGGCUGGUCUCAGAUUCACCAUCAGCAUCUUGGAGGAGGAGCUUGAGCGAGAGAGGCAAGAGAGGCAUGUCGUCAGGAUGGAGUGUGAGCUCUCCAGAAGGUCAGUUCUGGUCUCCUCGUUCUUUCUUUUUUAAUAUCCACUGCUUACCACAGGCUCUGGGCAUAGGAAGGAAGCUGAUUCAGGACAUUCUUCCAUCUAGCUCAGUAACAUCUUUUUUUUAUUUUUAUAAAAUAUUUAUUAAGAUUUUCAGAAUAUUACAAGACAAAAAGAAGAAAAAAGAAAAAAGAAAAAAUACAAAGUAAAAAUAGUUAAAAACAAUUCCUUCCUUCCAUUACUUAUCCUUCAUUUGCUUAUUUCAGGACCUCCUCACACCUCCCUUUUUGUAUUCCAAUUCAAUUAUUAGUUCAACAAAUCCUCCCCUCUUUAUGUAUCCUAAUCAUUAAUCAUAAAAUAUUGUAGUUUUAGAUUUUAACCUAUUAAUAAACCAUUUUUUCAUAUUCCCUUAUAACAUUUCAGCUAAAGACCACUUAGUUUCUAUCCAACAUCAUUCUAACAUUCAUUAAUUUUGCAAUAUUUCUGUAAAUAGUCUUUAAACUUUUCCAAUCUUCUUCCAUCGACUCUUCUCCCUGGUCUCGGAUUCUGCCAGUCAUUUCCGCCAAUUCCAUAUAGUCCAUCACCUUCAUCUGCCAUUCUUCCAAGGUGGGUAGAUCUUGUGUCUUCCAAUACUUUGCAAUGAGAAUUCUUGCUGCUGUUGUGGCAUACUAGCUCAGUAACAUCUACACCAGGGUCAAGGCCUGUUUUUGAUGGUCCUCAGUAACAUUUGACACCCCACCCCAGCAGGGUUAGAAACUCAGAUAUAUAGGCCCUACCGGAGAAGAAUGGCAAACCAGGCUGAUGGAUUAUACCAAGAUGGCAAAACUGACUGGAAAACUGAGAAACCAAGAGGACAAAAUCUUUAUGAAAGAAUAGGAAAAAUUUAUAAGUUACUUAGGAGACCAUUCAAAAUAAAUUAAAAAAUUGUCCAGUAGCACCUUAGAGACCAACUAAGUUUGUUCUGGGUACAAGCUUUCGUGUGCAUGCACACUUCUUCAGAUACAUAUUUUUUAUUUAUUUCGACUGCGUCAGACCAACACGGCUACCUACCUGAAUUUAGGAGACCAUUGUAUAUAUUUUUUUAAAAUAAUUUUUAUUAACAGGCCAAUCACAUCACAUUAUCCAUAUCACAUUAGUUCCAAAUUAUACAGCCAAAUUUUAAAUUUUGUUGGGGGUACCCAUACAUCAAGCUCCGCACGAGUCCAAAACAGCUUCACUUAUCUUACUGCUUUAAUUAGACAGUUCUGUCCAGUUUGAUCCGGAUAGUCCUUUAUUACUUCCUUUCUUUGCGAUCUCUGAUGAUUUUCACAAGCAGGUUGAAAGCUGGCAUUCUAUGUGGAUUUUGUACUCUUCCAAAAAUCAUAUCGGUCAGGGACAGCCUCUGUACAACGCUUCCAUAAACAAAAUUAAUCUCCGGUCUGUCCUUUAUUUUUCUCAGGCUUACCAAAUAAAUCAAAUGAGUCUGGGGGCUCUGUCAGGUCAAACUUGCAUUCCAACAUUCCUUCUCAUUCGAACAAUCCUGAUUCUCCUCCCCCUGUCCUCCUUUCUCCGGCAAGCCUGUCUUGGCGAGACGCCAUUUUUUAACUGCGUCAUAAAAUUUUUCCUCUUUUCUCACCGUUCACCAGUCUUCUCUCCUGCUGUAAUCCAUCCCACAUAGUUCUUAAAAUCCUGCCUAUGAUUCAUAAAAACGCGACGAUCUUGUUUCUAUUCGGGGUGAAGGGUUAUUAAUAUCACAUCGUGCAAAGAAAAAAAGAGUUUUUUCCUCCACCCCCCCUUCGUUCCAAACAUACAGUCUCCUUGUGGUAAUUCAUCAGAAGAUUUACUUAUCCGUCCGUCACUCCUGGUCGCAGAGAUCCAUUAAUCAGCAGUCUUAUCAGUCGAGGUUUACUUGAUGUAUGUGCUUUCAGCUUCAUUUCCAAUCGUAUGUUUCCAAUUAUAUUUCCGAGCUGAAGCAAGCAGCACGCGCUGAUUGGAAUCGGCGUCAGGAAGAUCUGACUUCACCGAGGGCCUGUGCCAAGUGUUCGGCACCCCCAUCUCUCGUAUCAGGGGGUGCAUUGUGAACACCGCUGGCAGGACAGUGCCCCCCCACAUCCAGGGGGGGAUUAGGAAGGCUGCAUACUUCCCAUAGCAGCCCCUUAGUACCUCGUAUGGGUCAGAGAGAUGUUAUUGUCGGCCAUCUUCCAACGCGCCACCUGGUGGCCCCCGAAUUUAGGAGACCAUUGUAAGCAGAUGGAAACAAAGGCAGGAUUUUCUCAUGUGUAGUGUAAACAUUACCGUGGAUAAUAUGGUUUGAUAUAAAUUCCUCCUGAAAUAAUGACGGAGAUAGGAACACCUCACUAGGAGGGGGAUUCCGCAACUGGGGAACCACCACUGAAAAGGCCCUGUCAUGGGUCAGUACCACCUGGACAGCACCUCUCCCUCCCAGAGUUGGCAUCACCAAUUUAUUGACAAGUUAUUUUCAGUUCAGUAGCAAGAAGUAUUUGCCUUGCCUGGUUCUGUGUGCUUGGGGCCUGGUCUCCAGCCGUCUGUUGAGGGGCCAGGCUCCUGCGAUGACUUGCCCCUUCUCCUGCCCACAGGGAGAAAAUGGGGAGGUUGCUGGUGGAGCUGCUGAGUCAUCGAGUGGAGGAGAAGCUGGUGAUGGUGUUGGCACUACAGAUGCUGUCCCGGUUCAUGGCCAAGUAUGACUGGCGGGUCCUCUUUGCCCUCGGAGGGGGGCUGCGCUCCAUGCUACAAUGCAUGCAGAAGCACUCCAUGUCUGCAUCAGUGCAGCAGGCUGGCUUAGCGGUACGUUUCCUGUCGUAUGCUGUAUGGUUUGGGUGCAAUGUAAUUUCAUGCAUGUGCAUUGCAGUGGUUUCCAGUUGCUGGUCUGCAGCACGUACCCUUCAACUGCCCAGCAUUUUCCAUUUCUGGCCGCCAUGCACAUCAUGUGACUCGGGUGGGAGCGCAGCCCAGAAGUUGUGUGUCCCAUUUUGCGCUGGGACAUGUUUUGGAGGGUAUCAUGGCACCAUUCACAUAACACAACCAGCCACAGAGAUAUCAACGGUUUCAAAAAUGUGUGUGUGUGGGGGGGAGGAAAUCCAUGUGUCAGGGGUUCAGGAGCAGAGGCACAGGAAAGGGAGGAAAUAGAGAGCGAGGGGGAGGAGUCCGAAGGAAAUGUUAGCGAUGACAGCGGUCCGAGGUCUCUGAGUCUUUCCAGCGAAUCGGAAGAUUCACAGAAAGGGGCUCCCUUGGUCAGAGCAAGGGGGUGCCGAGGGGGACACCCCAGGAAGAAGGGGCCAGAGGGGACUCAGAGAGCAGCAGUUGGAAAUCAGGACCAGCGUCCACACCCGCGUGCAGUCGGGGGGAGGAGUCCCAGGCAUCGGGAUCAGGCGGCGCACUGCCAGUGGGAGGACAUGAGUCAGGAUUGGCCACGCCUCCAUCGGGGAGCGAGGAAACGGUCGAGAGGAAGGUUGAAGGCUGGGGGCGCGCGCCAAGUUCAAAUGUACAGGAGGGCGGCGCAGUUGGCAGCCCGGAUAGGGAGCCAGGUCCCAAAGCCCGCCGACCCCCGGGGGAGGAGUCAGGAGGGUCAGCGUCAGAAGAAUCCAGGAAGGAAGGGACCCCGGGGGGUAGCAGGACCCAGAGGAGAAAGGAGAGCCGUAAGAGGUGGAGUAAGGCUAGAAUCUUAAACUGGUGUACAGGGGGCGGAGACUCAGAUGGAGCUUCGCCGAUCUAACCCCUAGACGUAGAGCUGGGGCGCUCCGGCUUGAAAAUGGAAACUGUACUUCAAUAAAGACUUUUGCACAUUACUGCCGGCUAGCGUUGGUCCUCUGUGAGCUGGGACCUGGAGCCAGCUCUGACACCAUGACUUUUUGAAAAACGAGAUCGCUAAUUGGAAACCACUGGUCUACUGAAUUUACAGUUCGCCAUUCCUCUCUCUGCUUUAUUCCUUGCCAUUCAGCCGCUGUCUUUGUCCCCCAGGCGUUGAAGAUACUGUUGGGAGCUGGGAACUGUGAGCUACCAGGAGGCUGUGAGAAGCACUACCCUCUGAAACCCUCAGAUGCCCGGGCAAUGCAAGAGAUCUUCACUGGCGUCGGUCCUGCUUCCAGCAAAGUCCCUGGCAAUUUGCUCUGCGCCGUCCCUGCUGCCAUCGAGAAGAUGCUGAACACACCUGGGUGAGGUUCAAGGGGGAAUCUGGGCGAGGCAAAGGAGCGUUCGUAUCUGACGCUUUCAAAUUAUAAGGAGGAGGGAAAUUUAUAGAAGGAAAAUGAGAAAGGGAAGAGAGAGGAGAUAUAAUUUUAAAACUUCAGUAAAAAUUGUAUGAAUACCAUACUUUUCUGUGUAUAAGACUAGAUUGUUUUCUUUUAAAAUUAUGCUAAAAUGGGGGUCGUCUUAUACAUGGAUAGUGCAUAGGGUGGACGUUUGAUUGGUUGCUGCCUUGGCUGUCAUCGGCUAUUGAGUGUGUUAUUGGUUGCUGCCUCAAUGGCUGUUGUUGAUUGGCUGACACUGCGGCAAUUGAGGGGGCGAUUGACAGCUUCUGCCAGUGAGGGGACAGAUGAGAGGCGGAUUUUUGGACGCAAGCGGGUGAUUUUCGGCAAUCCCCCAUAAAACAAGCUAAACAACCCUGCGCAAUCCUCUGCAAAAAAGCCAUCUCCCCCCAUUUUCUUAAAUUUGAGUCUCCCAAAAUAGGGGGCUUCUUAUACAUGGGGGCGUCUUAUACAUGGGAAAGUAUGGUAUUUAUCUUUACUCUGAGGCUAAGGAGAGCCCAGACCAAGGGGAUCUUUCGUUUCUAUUGAGAUUUUGGAGGGAAGGUUCACUUCCUCUUCCUUGAAUAUGAGGCUCCUAGCUUUCCGGGGCUGGAAAAUCCUGUAUGAGCCUGAGUUCUAGUCUGCCUCAUGGAAUUAUAGACUUGAAAGGGACCUUUUGAAGGUAAUUUAGCCCAAUCCUCUGCUGACGCAGCAAACCCACUAUGACACCCCGAGAAGCGGCUGUGCAGCCUCUGCUGAAGACCCUCUAGAGAAGGAGAGACCCCACUUCUUUCCCGCAGCCUCUCAAUGCAGGUUCCCUUUGCCUUCUUCCCCCAGGGCCUCGGCAGCAGUUCGGAAUGGGCUUCUGGUGCUCAACCGACUGAUCGACUACCACAAGGGUCUGGCGGAGCAGCUGGAAAACUGUGACCUCCAUGCAGUCCUGCAGAGCUGCUGCCAAGCCGGCCAGAGCUCCAACGAGAGGCUGGCUCGGAUAGUGCUUAGCCGCUUGGCUGGACGUAAGCUGCCCCUGAGCCAGGAGAAUGCAGGUAUGACGUGGCUGAGGCUUUGAGGAUGGAUCUUGGCUGGAGGGUGAACGCUCUCCAUUAGCAGCAGUAUCUCUGUGCUCUCCUUCCUUGUGGGCCUGAAGACGUCUGGGCCAAGAGGGCGCUGCCUCUCCUCUCUGUGGCACAGGACAUUUCUUCCUUUUGACUUCAAUUUGUCACACACGGAUGCUACCGCGCUGCCUUAAAUUUUCAUUUUUCAGUAAUGUUAUUUGUGGCUUAGGGCCCUCGUAUUUACGGGACCGCCUCUCCUGGUAUGCCCUGCAGAGGACCUUAAGGUCCAUGAAUAAUAAUAGUUUAGAAGUCCCAGGCCCUAAGGAAGUCAGGUUAUCCUCCACCAGGGCCAGGGCAGUCCUACUAACGUAAUCUGUUUAUUACAAUUGCUUUUCAGAUAGUUCAAAUAUUUACUCAAAUAUUUACGGUUGGUGUUUUUAUUAUGGUUUUAGUUAUGCUGUAAGCUGCCCAGAGUGGCUGGGGAAACCCAGCCAGAUGGGCAGGGUAUGAAUAAAAUUGUUAUUGUUGUUGUUAUCCAAGAGCAAAGUUCUAAGCUCUGCCCUUCAAAAUGUCUUCCCUCCCCAACCAACCAGUCUCUGCAGCCUCCUUUGGCCUGAAGGACAUUGAUGUUCCCAAACUGCUGAGCAGUCUGCACACCAGCAGCGUUUGCAAGGAGAUGGUGAUGGCUCUGGAGGUCUGCAUUUAUGGCCAGGGUGCCUUCUCCCUGGGAAACAGCUGUGAGCUUCUGGCAGACGUGCUUCUGCUCAAAGACUUGGUGUCACUGGGAUCUGAGAGGGACGUACUGCUGGGAACAUUAAGGUAUGGCUCACGUAGUUUGAUGGCAGCUUGCCAUGUUGACCCAAGAGAGUUGCACUCACCCCAAAGGCUGGGAGCCCAUCAUAACUCUCUCACCUUGUAAAUGGGGCAAGUUCGGAACUUUGCAAAAGCAAACACAGACUUUGUGGAAAUGGAUGAGAGGUGUACAAGUCCUUCGCAACCAUUUGGAAACAGGCAAACAAACAACAACAAAAGUCCAACCAAUCAGAAUGUUUAGUCGAGCUCUCCAAUCAUUUUGUGACUUUUAUAGGCACUGAACGUUAUUUCAAUGGGGAAUGCAGACAUCAGGAUAAAUCAACAAAGCACGUUGACUGCUUUUAAAAACCCGACACUUUCUCAACCGUGGGAAAUGUGCCGUGAUGCACAUUCCUUAUCCCAAACUAGAACUCCAGAGAGAGUGCCAAGCUGUGCAUGUCAAUAAUAAUAUGAAGGAGAUUAAUAAUAUAAAGAAACCAGAAGCAUGAAAGAAAGUAGAGAAUGCUUUUGGGUGGUUGCAAGGCAGUUAGCUGUUGCAUCGCAAGAUUAUUGUUGGCAGGGUCUUGUGUUGGCAGGGUCUGGAGCGAUCACUUUGGAGGAGCUCAGUUGUUGCUUUUAACGUGUCUCUUUUCAGAGCUUUCCCUCCUCCUCCUCUUCUUUCUUCUUUGCUCCAGGCUUUUGAACAAGUUCCUGGACAGUUCCUGGGAAGACUCGGUGCCCUGGCAUAAGUGCAUUGAGUCUUGCUUGUCUUCCAUGAGUGCUCACCUAAAUGAUCAAGAGGUAGGGAGGAAGAAUCGGUGGGGAGGGAGCUGGGAGGAAGAACUAUUGAAGUAUGUUCUGUGAUCCCGUUUCAUACGUUGCAGAUGUUCUAUGGAAUUUGUAGAACAGAUGAUGAUUAUUUAAACGUAACUUUCCCACUAAAAGUAAAAAGUCCACUUAGUGCCUUCUUUUCCUACGCUUUUUUGUGAAUGGUGAUUUUUUAAAGAAAAAGUUGAUCUCAGCAUUUUUAUGCAAACUACUUACUUGUUGUUGUGUUUAUUUUUUUUUUUUAAAUAGUGUUAUCAGUUCCUGAUGUGCGUUUAUAUUCUUCCCUUUGCCUGCAGGUUGUCCAGGAGUCCAUUGAGUUCCUUCAUCACUUGGCAACCCUGGACAGAGACUGUGCUGUUUCCAUGUGCUGCCUGCGUACCGAGGAAGCCUUGGCCAAAGUUGUGGAGAAGCAUGGCUCCAGUCUCCCACGGGUGACGGAACUGAGGGACCUCGUGAGCAAGUGCGAGAAGUACGCCGGCCUGUAUAAGAAGAUGACUGCCAGCAUCCUGGCUGGCUGCAUCCAGGUAAAUCCCGGUACCUUUUGUGGGGGAAUCUAGCUUGGGAGUGCAGGCCAGGUGGAGCAGAGUCGCUUACAGAUUCAGUGCUGCGUUGAGCAUUGGCUGCAUUGCAUGGAGGAGAAGAAGAAGAAGAAGAGUUUGGAUUUGAUAUUCCGCUUUAUCACUACCCGAAGGAGUCUCAAAGCGGCUAACAAUCUCCUUUCCUUUCCUCCCCCACAACAAACACUCUGUGGGGUGAGUGGGGCUGAGAGACUUCAGAGAAGUGUGACUAACCCAAGGACACCCAGCAGCUGCAUGUGGAGGAGCAGAGACGCGAACCCGGUUCACCAGAUUACGAGUCCACCACUCUUAACCACUACACCACACUGGCUCUCUACACAAACUUGACCACAAAUUUUACUCUUUUUCUAAAGCGAUGAGAGGAUUCAGCUGCUGCUCUUCAAAGUGAGCUUGUCAAACAGGUACUCCCCUGUGCCAUUCUGGGGCAGUCCCUGGCGCCUCAGGUUCGUGAGGUGGUCUCCCAGCUGCUUGAUGACCUUCACCUCUUCCUCCAGGAACUCAGACUCCAGGAAGUCACACAGAUGAGGGUCUCCCUUUUCUGUUGCCAGCUUGUGCAGAUCCAGCAAGGCCUGGUUCACCCUUUUCUCCAGCUGCAGGGCAGACUGCAGGGCAUCCAGGCUGUUGCCCCACUCGUCCUUCUCUGGCUUCUUGAGGUCCUUCAGCAAGAUGCGCCCCCCUCUCUUGUUCUGGUAUGGAGGAAAACCAGGCAAAUGAAUUAGGGAAACAGGAAGAAAUGUCAUGGCAGCUUUGCCUUGCUUUUGGACAUUGCUGUCCUGGGCUUCUUUGGGAGGAGGGGCAGGAUAAAAAUUCCAUAAGGAAGGAAGGAGUCAUCCUCCCCAAACAGCUUCUGAGUCCCAGGCUUCUUCCAGCUCAGUUGGUAGAGCAUGAGACUCUCGAUCUCGGGGUUGUGGGUUUGAGCCCCACGUUGGGCCAAAGAUUCCUGCAUUGCGUGCGGUUGGACUAGAUAAUGCUUGUGGUACCUUCCUAGUCUACAAUUCUAUGUUUCUAUUAAUAAUAGUAAUAAUAAUAAUAAUAAUAAUAAUAAUAAUUUAAUUCAUGAAUCACUUCCUACGACCACCCUGUUGGAAAACGCCCUGGGGUGCCCUUGCAGCCCCCGAACUCAGAGCAUCCUUCGGUAUGCGCAGCCUCUGGAAAAGGCAUUUUCCUUCUUCUCCAGUGCGCUUCAGCAACAUAUAUCAAAUGAUAUCGGCACACUAAUCUUCUGGCAUAACACCAAGAAGCGUGAGACAUUGUAGAGCUGAUCUACGUAUUUAUUUACAAACUAUGCACAGACAUAGGAUUCAUGGCGUCCUUUCUUUCCAGCUCCGAGAGAAGAAACAGACAGAAGUAAAAGCAAAAGUACAGUACAAAUAGUACAUACAGCGGAAGAGAUAAGACUCUCUUCCGUUCCCACGCUCUUCCCAGACAGGCAUGUGAUUCACACCAAUCUCAUCUGCAGCAUCGGAGGCGCGAAAUACUAACACAUCCAACCUCUGCUUAAAAGCCCUCAAGGAAAGAGAGUCCACCACCUCUUAUGGGAAUCUGUUCCACUGUCGAACAGCGCUUCCUGACGGAAAGGUCUUCCUGAUCUUUGGUCGGAAUCUCCUUUCUUGUGACUUGAAGCCACUGGUUGGAAUCCUACCCUCCGAAGCAGGAGAAAACAAGCUUGCUCCAUCUUCCAUGUGACAGCCCUUGAGAUAUUUGAAGAUGGCUAUCAUAUCUCCUGUCACUUUUCCAGGUUAAACAUACCCAGCUCCUUCGACCAUUCUUCAUAAGGCUUGGUUUCCAAAUAAUAAUAAUAAUAAUAAUAAUAAUAAUAAUAAUAAUUUAUUAUUUGUACCCCGCCCAUCUGGCUGGGUUUCCCCAGCCACUCUGGGCGGCUUCCAUAGAAACCAAAAAUACACUAAAAUAUCACAUAUUAAAAACUUCCCUGAACAGGGCUGCCUUCAGAUGUCUUCUGAAUGUCAGGUAGUUAUUUAUCGCUUUGACAUCUGAUGGGAGGGCGUUCCACAGCGCGGGCACCACUACUGAGAAGGCCCUCUGCCUGGUUCCCUGUAGCUUUGCUUCUCGCAAUGAGGGAACUGCCAGAAGGCCCUCGGCGCUGGACCUCAGCGUCCGGGCAGAACAAUGGGGGUGGAGACGCUCCUUCAGGUAUACUGGGCCGAGGCCGUUUAGGGCUUUAAAGGUCAACACCAGCACUUUGAAUUGUGCUCGGAAACGUACUGGGAGCCAAUGUAGGUCUUUCAAGACCGGUGUUAUGUGGUCUCGGCGGCCGCUCCCAGUCACCAGUCUAGCUGCUGCAUUCUGGAUUAGUUGUAGUUUCCGAGUCACCUUCAAAGGUAGCCCCACGUAGAGCGCGUUGCAGUAGUCCAAGCGGGAGAUAACUAGAGCAUGUACCACUCUGGCGAGACAGUCCGCGGGCAGGUAGGGUCUCAGCCUGCGUACCAGGUGGAGUUGGUAGACAGCUGCCCUGGAUACAGAAUUGACCUGCGUCUCCAUGGACAGCUGUGAGUCCAAACCCUUUGUUAUCUUGGUCACCUUCCUCUGCACACUUUCCAGCUUCUCAAUAUCCUUCUUAUGCUGGUCCACUGGUACCUGCACACUUUGAGCUUCCAUAAAGCUAGCUCUGCCUUCUUAUUGCCCUUUGAUACGUUGGUGUCUCUUGCUGUCUCUUCUACCUCUUUCUCCCCUCCCAAAUGCACAGGUGGUUCUGGGUCAAAUAGAAGAACACAGGCAGACGCACCAGCCUAUCAACAUCCCGUUCUUUGAUGUGUUCUUGCACAGUCUUUGCCAAGGUGAGUGUCCUUUUAGCCUUCAGAGCUGUCAAUGUCUCAUUCCUUUUACGGCUCUGGCCGUUUGUACCAAGCCCAGGGUCAUUUCUUCUUUGCUCAGGCUGCAGCAUGGAGGUCAAAGACGACAAGUGUUGGGAGAGGGUGGAAGUCUCCUCCAACCCUCAGCAAGCCAGCAAGCUGACAGACGGGAACCCCAAGACCUACUGGGAGUCUAAUGGCAACAGCACCUCCCACCAUAUCAACAUCUAUAUGCAUCGUGGGGUCGUAAUCCGGUGAGUAUACACAAGCAGGGAGGUCCAGUGCUGAGGGCCUUCUGGCGGUUCCCUUGCUGCGAGAAGUGAAGAUACAGGGAACCAGGCAGAGGGCCUUCUCGGUAGUGGCGUCCUCCCUGUGGAACGCCCUCCCAUCAGAUGUCAAGGCAGUAAACAAUUAUUUUACUUUUAAAAGACAACUGAAGGCAGCCCUGUUUAGGGAAUUUUUUAAUGUCUGACGCUGUAUUGUUUUUAAUAUUCCGUUGGAAGCCUCCCAGAGUGGCUGGGGAAACCCAGCCAGAUGGGCGGGGUAUAAAUAAUAAAUUGUUGUUGUUGUUGUUGUGUUUAUUUGUUGCUUUAACCCUGUAUUUUGCGAAUUGCCCUGAGAUCUUGUGAUCUCUUGUGGCGUAUCAGUCUAAUAAACAAACAAACAAACAAACAAACAAACAACAAACAAAAUAUGUCUAUCAUAAUUUUAUGUUUAAUUCUUGGCUUUCCCCCCUGCCAGAUGAAUUUAGAAAUAUCCUUCUUCCACUCCUUGAAGCAGCCUGCAUUAUUUACAGUUGGUAUUGAUUGGAAUAAAAACAGCAUCCUGGGCAAUAGAUUUAUUUUGAUAGCUGAGAUUCUGCCAAGCAGGGAGAGCGUCAUUCUCUCCCAAAUCUCCAGCUCUUUCUUAAUCUCUUUCCACAGUUUAACAUAGUCAUUUUCAAAUGAGUUGAGAUUUCUUGCUGUGAGCCAGAGGCAGCAUUAAGAUAAACUCAAGAGUGUAAAUAUGUUUUGAUGGAAGUAACAAUGGAAUGCUGAAUGGUUUAGUUUAUAUAAGAAUAUGCAGGGAUUUAUGCUAUGCAAAAUGAACUGCGGAAAGAGAAGAAGGGAAGUCACUGAUAUUUUAAGGUUGUCUAAAUGAAUAUUCUAAAUUGUAAAACAGAAAAUUUAACACAGAUAAAUAAAAUAAGACGGUUGGAUGCCAGGCAUAGAGAGCCAAGUUUCUUGUUGAGCCAGGAAUGUGUGAACAUAUUGGUUCUCGUGGAACGAGGCAGACGUGCUCUCCUGCCUUCUUUGAAAAGGUCCCAGGCUCCCAAUAGGGUGCCUGGUUUUUGCUCUGAAACCCCUGCUCUCUCCCUGCACAGGCAGUUGUCUCUGUUGGUGACCAGCGAGGAUUCCAGCUACAUGCCAGCGCGUAUUAUGGUCAUGGGAGGGGAGAGCGCAGCCACUGUCAGCAUCAAACUCAAUACGGUCAGUGCUUCAGCCUGAAAGGUGCUUCCGUGGCUAGAGAGCAUCAAGCUCUUCCCCGUGCCACAGAAGGGUUCCUGUCUCUGAGACACACACCACACUUGACAAGGUUUUGCCUUUGUUUUUGUUUCCCCGCCCAAAAAAAUUAUUCAUUUUAUAACACAACUUAACAACACAAACAGAAAAACCAACAAUACAAACAAAUUCUUGUCUUACCCUUAUUUUUUCUAAACAUUGUUAGGUGAGUUUCCCCAAGCCCCCCGUAUCUGAUUUUCAUUUUACCUCAUCUUUAGCAGUUUACAUAUAUCAUAAUUUUUAAUCAUUUUUUAAAACCACACUUACUUUUACCAUAAAAAUCUUCACAUUUUAUCCCUUACAAGUAAUACUAUUUUAAAAUACACUGUCUUCUACGUCUAAACCUACAGCCUAUAUCCACUUCCAAAGCUAUUCUCAGAUUUAAAUAUUAACAUAUUUUUUCAAAUAUUCUUUAAACUUCUUCCAAUCUUCUUCCACCGUCUCUUCUCUCUGGUCAAGGUUUUGCCUUUGUUGGCACAGCUUCAAGGGGAAAGGACUGUAGGCUAAGUAGUGGAGAAUGCGUACCUUGCCUUCAGAAGGUUAGUCUCUGGUUCAAAGGAGGAAUCAUCAGGCGAUAGGAAAGACCUUUGGCUGAGAGCUGCUGCCAGUUGGAGUGGACCAGGCGCAGGGGACAGUGUGGUGUAGUGGUUAGGAGCGGUAGGCUUGUAAUCUGGUGAACCGGGUUCGAUUCCCCGCUCCUCCACAUGCAGCUGCUGGGUGACCUUGGGCUAGUCACACUUCUCUGAAGUCUCUCAGCCCCACUCACCUCACAGAGUGUUUGUUGCGGGGGAAGAGGGGAAAGGAGAUUGUUAGCCGCUUUGAGACUUCUUCGGGUAGUGAUAAAGCGGGAUAUCAAAUCCAAACUCUUCUUCUUCUUUGGUCCUCCAGGGGUUGCUGAACAGCAGCUCCCAUCAGCCCCAACAAGCAUCCCUCCAGUUAUCCGGGAUGGUGGAAGUUGUGCUUCAAGCAGCAUCUGGAGGACGUUUAAAAUUUCAUCUCGUUUCAUGUUUAAUUAACAUUCCACCUUUCUGUAUCACUAGCUGCAGAAACAAGAAACACACAAUGAAGAUCACGCCCCUUAAAACCCGAUACAAAAAAAGUCACGAUAAAAAACACACAGCUUUUUACACAAUAAAAUUAAACACCAGAAAAUAAUAAUUAAAACAGAAAUUCACUCUUGAUCAUUGCAAUAAAUAAUUUCUAAUUUAUUCAUCAAUAAAAAUAACAGCAUAAAAUUGCACGAUCCAUAAAAACCCCCCAGAUAAAAGGAUCAAACUGAGAAACAAAGACACGCAACUUACAGAAUUAUUGUAUUAAGUACGCACGCACAAACACAUGCAGAGGCAAUUGACACCAACAACCCUGUGGGAGGGAAGAAGAGAGCAAGGGAAUUAGGCAAAGACAACGUUAGGGCCUCUCUGCCCCUUUUCUCCUCCUCUGUGAUGAAGAGGCAUCUUCAGAAUGACAAAUCCAAGCCGCAUCUUCUCCUUUUCUGCCCAAAGGUGACUGUCCCGCCAUCGGCCAGCAGAGUGAGCCUUCUGGAGAACAUGAACUGCUUCUGGCCCAUCAUACAGAUCAAGAUCAAGCGCUGUCAGCAGGUAGGACUGUCCGCUUUUUGCCGUGUUUUGGUGGGCCCUCCCCACGGGUGCUGCCUUGAUUUCACUGGAAAGGUUUGUGUCGUUCUCAGGGGGGCAUUGACACUCGCGUGCGUGGCAUCGAGGUGCUGGGCCCCAAGCCCACCUUCUGGCCCAUCUUCAAGGAGCAGCUGUGCCGGCGCACGUACCUCUUCUACACCACCAAGGCGCACACCUGGUGCCAGGAAAUCUCGGAAGACCGGAUGCAGCUGCUGCAGCUCUUCAACAGGUCUUGCCCUUUCCCUGGGGCCGCAGGUGGGGAGGGGCAGGGUGUCCUGCGGGGCAGGGAGGGGUCUCCCUCUUGCGCUGGGAGGGGGUCCACAUUCCCAGCCCUUCCCACGCUUACCCCAAGACAGGGUUUCCCAAACUUGGGUCUCCAACUGUUGAUGGAUUACUAUUCCCAUCAGCCCUGAUCAUACGUCCUGCUAGGGAUGAUGGGAGUUGUAGUCCAAAAACAGCUGGAGACCCAAGUUUGGGAAACCCUGUCGGAAGAUAUCCAUCCUGCUCCUCCCCCCCUUCCAUCUUAAUAAUAAUAAGAAGAAGAAGAAGAAGAAGAAGAAGAAGAAGAAUUGUAUUAUUCAUACCCCACCCAUCUGGCUGGGUUUCAUGUUGUUCAAGCUCCGGCCCUGCUGUGUCCCGCACCCUGUGCAGCCAUUGCUUCUCAGCCCAUUUGCCCCUGAGCUCCAUAGGCCUCCAAGCGUCGCCCAAGUCAGCAGCUGACCCUCCACCCCUUUGCCCUUUCAGGUUGAACAGUGCCUUGCGCCACGAGCAGGUCUUUGCCGACCGCUUCCUUCCCGACGACGAAGCUGCCCAGGCCCUGGGCAAGACCUGCUGGGAGGCUCUGAUCAGCCCGUUGGUGCAGAGCAUCACCACUCCAGGUAUGGCAUCUCCUUCCUGGCACAAGUCCUCAGGAGCCACACCCUCCCCCCCUCCCCUCUCCCAGCAGCCCUCCGUGUUGACUCUUUCCUGCCCUCCAGAUCCCAGCGGCAUCAGCCCCCUUUCCUGGCUCCUGAGCCAAUACCUGGAGAACCUGGAGGCUUCCCGGAGCAGCAAAAGCCGGGCGGCCAUCUUCAACUCUCGCGUCCGGCGCCUGAGCCACCUGCUGGUGCACGUGGACUCCAGCAGCCCUGAGGCCGAGGAGCUGAAGCCCCCCGUGAAAUCCAGUGAGUGUCUCCCUGCUUGGGCAGAUGGGCAGCCCAGGAGGGGCAGGUCCCCUUUCCCAAUUGAAGGGGGGAAGGUCGCUGCAGAGGAGCCUCUAUGGGCCAGGCAGACCUUGGCAGGAGAGCAAGAGUGUCUUUGGCGUCCGGGGCUGCAAGGGGGGUGGCGUUGGAGGAAGAACUGGGGAGGGAGGAGAGCCCUCAAGGUCCCGUAUAGUCAGAAGUGGGUGCCUGGGUGCUCCGGUCCCCGUGAAUAACGCCGCACAACCCCCACUUUGCAGACGGGAAGAACGGGAAGAACGGGAAGAACAAAGAGUCGAGCUCUGGGACUGUCAAGGCAGCCGUGAAGAAGCCCAGCAGCACCACUGGCAUCACCCAGUGCUGGAAAGGGGUGGUCCAGCAGCAGGUAGGGGGAGCAGAGGACCAGGCGCAAAUGGGGGCGCCAAGCAGGGUGACUCUCCAUUGCUGCAAACAGAUGUCUUCCUGGCCACGUCUUCCAUGGCAGACCAUUCACUAGUCCUGCUGCGUUGUUCUCACUGUGUCUGCAUGCAGCUGCUUCCCUGCCUAUUAAGGAGUUACUGGGAAGGCAGCCUUGGGGAGAGCUGAGGCUGCAGGACAGGACGGGGUGUGGACCAGACUCUCCCAGGAAAGGGGGUUUCCUGGCUCCAAGCUCUACGUGGUGCUGCUAAAUUAGGUGGGAGCCUCGUUCUGAUUUUGACACUUCUGCCCCAGUUCCAGUCACAUGCCCAGACUUUCCUGACAACUGACAGCCAAUCAAAAGAUGAGCUAAAGGGUGUUUAGCGCUACCCAGGACAGGCAACCAGCCAGGCAUCCCUGCCCGCAAGAAGACUUCCAGGCAGGCCCCAGGGAGCCAGAGAAGGGCGUGUGGGUUGCUCUGACCCUGUUGUGCUCCUGCCGUCCCUCUGCCCAGGUGAAGCUGUUCCUGGAGUCCUCCUGGCAGGCCCCGGACUUUGUGGAGCGCUACUGCAACACCUACCUGCGCCUCCGCACCGCCAUGGAGGAGCUCUUUGGGCAGCAGAUGUCCUUCAUGCUGGCCCUGUCCCACGGCUUCUCGGGGGGUCUGCUGCAGCUCUCCUUCCUGACAGCCAUGCAUGUGAGUAAGGGCAGAAGGGUGGGGGGCACGGCCUAGUCACGGGGGAGCUCAUUUGCAGGAACUGUCCCUCUGACACCCCCCCCCCCGGCUCUGCAGGCAGCCUGGCCUGCCCCUUGCACUUCCAGGGAUGUCAAGCGUGGCCUCAUCUCAGAGCCUGCUUGGCUCCCCUGGCCUGAUCACAGAGCAGCCAGCCUCCCCCUCUGGGAUCUUCCCCAGAUGCCUUGUCCAUCCCCUUCCCUGGAGGCGUUGCUGCUGGUUUGAGGGAGGAAUCCCCUCCGCCCCCUCACCCCCCCUCACCCCCCUUCAUGGAAGCUCCACCUGCUUCUUCUCCCAGCUUCAACUGGUGCCUCUUGCUCUGUGGCCAACAGGUGAGUGAGCAGUUUGCCCGCUACAUCGACCGGUGGAUCCAGGAGAGCUGGGCGGACUCUGGCAACGUGGAGACUUUGCGGCGCCUGCAGCAGAGCCUGGAGCCCGUCCUCUUCCUGGCAGGCCUGGAGUUGGCCAACACCUUCGAGCACUUCUACCGGUGAGGAGGCCUUCGUGGGGCAGAUAUGCGGAAUCGUAGUGGGGAGGGAAGGGCCAGAGAUCAGGGGGGAGAGCAGCUGCCGUACAGGCAGAAGGUCUUGGGUUCAGUCUCCAGGAAGGAGGGAGAUAUUCCUGCCUGAAGCCCUGGAGCCACUGCCAGUCAGUGGAGGGACCAAGGGACCUGGCUCAGUCCAAGGCAGCUUCCCAUAUUCCCAAGGAGCUGCUUAUCACGUUGUUCUGGGAGACGGCGCAGGCGUCGGGCAGGAAGUGGUGCAGCCUGUUCCUGGCACUUCCAUAAGGAAGAAUGACUUGAGAGCGCCGGUUCAGCUGCUGGGUUCCUUCCUUCCUUCCUUCCUUCCUUCCUGGGUCUCUUGUACGUGAGGCUGGCCUGCCCUGCAGGAGGGGCGAGGGGGGUCUGGGCUGAUGGGUCUGCCCUCUCUGCUUGCGCAGGUACUACCUGGGAGACCGGCUCCUGUCUCAGGGCAAGACGUGGCUGGAGUGUGCGGUGGUGGAGCACAUUGGGCUCUGCUUCCCCAACCGCUUCCCCCAGCAGAUGCUGAAGAACCUGAGUGAGCUGGAGGAGCAGCAGCAGCAGUUCCACCUCUUCCAGCUGGAGCAGCUCGACAAGCACCUGCUGGAACUCGACCAGGACGGGAACUGGGAGGCGGAGGAGGAGAUGGAGGAAGGCGAGGUGAGAGGCGAAGGAGGGACCAGCAGGGCAGAGCCCCAUCCCUGUGGACCAUGCAGGAGGUCCUCUGCCCCCAAGGCCUUUUCUUCCUCCGCUGACACUGCCUGGGCAGCCCCCACUGUCCGCCAAAGCCACAGACCUUCUGUAUUUCCCCAGAUGGUGGAGGCGCAGCAGCUGUUCUCUCGGAAGGAAGAGGCCGAGGUGAAGGUGCUGGCGCUGUCUCCACGCUGCUGGACCAUCUCCUCGUUCUGCUACCUGGAGGAUCCUGCCAGGUUCUUCCCAGAAUCCCUCAGUCAGCACCUGAGCAAGUUUGCUGACUUCUACACCCAGAGUGAGUGCCAGGCUGUUUUUGAGCCCAGCCCUGCCUCUCUCAGGCUGAGUUUUGGGGGGCAGGUGGACCCCACUUUGACCCAAGACUCUGAACUUGGAAAGUGAGAACCAUCAAACUAUCUAUAAAGAAAUGAUACAAACCUUCGCAGGGAGCUGUGAGUCUUUAAACCAUACUUUGAGAGAGGCAGCAUUAAGAGGUUCAUAAUCUUUGGAAAAUCUGGCUAAUCUACGGAACGUGGGAUGAGACAAUUUAAAAAACAACAAGAUUUGUGUUUUGUUCAUGCUUCUCCAACCCCAGUAUUGUGAUCUCCUGUCCUUGAGCAGAGAGGCAGAGAGAGUGCUGCCCGUCUUGCCGCAGUAUUUCUUCCUGACCGUUGCCCUUGUCUUUCUCAGGUCAGAGCCGCUUUGGGCUGGAGCACACCAAGCCGCGGCGUUUGCAGUGGACGUGGCUGGGCCACGCGGAACUUGAGUACCAGGGCUGCCUCCUGCACGUCUCCACCCUGCAGAUGUACAUCCUCCUCUGCUUCAACACUGCCAAGGUCUGACACUCCCUUGGUCCCCACUUGUUUGCCAUCAGCAGGGCAUCUUCCGUGACUCAUAGGAUGGCCUGCGUUUGCAUAAAACAUGGGUUGCCAGUGUGAUGCCUGCUAGCACAGGUGUGCUCAAGAGAGGGCUUCCUCUGCUCCUCCACUCACUGAAGUUUAGUUUGAGAGAAGCAAUCUGUUGCCACCAACAGCAUUGGUUUAGGGGUGUGCUUGGUUGCAAGGGUGUGUGUGUGUUGCCCAUGACACAUCCUCCAGUUUGCAGAUCUGCCCACAGGUCCUGAAAUGUUGGUGACCCUGUCUUGAAACAGCCCCACUGCCUGAAUUUUGAACAGUAGAGAUUGAAAGCCCUUAGCACCAAGCACAGUUCCUGUUUAACUAACUUUAACUAACUCCAGAUGUGCUUUGUUGGACAAUGCUUAGCUUGCCUUCUAUAAUAAUAAUAUUUAUUAUUUAUACCCCGCCCAUCUGGCUGGGUUUCCCCAGCCACUCUGGGCGGCUUCCAAAAGAAUAUUAAAAUACUGUGAUACAUCAAACAUUAAAAGCUUCCCUAAACUAUCUGCUUCAGAAGUUGCAAAACCUCCUCAUGGUUAUCCCCACAUCCUGUCAUUGCUGCUGUGGCAGAAACUAGCAGUUCAGUGACUCCUGCUGUGUGGAUUUGAGCAUGCACCCUGCAAAUUUCCUAUUUCCUGUGAGUGGCUGGGGCAACACAGCCAGAUAGGCGGAGUAUAAAUAAUAAAAUCAUUGUUAUUUUAUAUUUGCAAGUCCCCCCAAUUCUUGAAGGAGGCACUAACUCAACCUGCUUCCAUCACCAUGACAGGUGUUCAAGAAUUCCUCUGAGGCUGUCUUCGUUUACCUCUGUUUUCUUUUCCCUUUUGGCCCUAGGAGGUUUCUGUGGAAAGGUUCUUUCAAGCCACAGGUCUCUCCCCUGAGCUCCUCGAUUGUGCGCUGAAACCUCUGAUGACGAAUGGGAUCUUGACCCAGAGCCAGGGUAAAUAUGGAGAUGGGAUCUUGAGUUUUCCCAGUGAGGUGGGUGGGAUCCUGACUUCCAGCUACUUCCAUGGAGCACUUGCUUUGCCCAAAUCCUUUCGAAAACUACAGCCAAGGAGAGUUUCCCAAGCUAGGCCUCAAAAAGAGCCAGCUAUGCUGGAAAUCUGAGAAGUUCUGCCAGUCUGAAGUCCUUACAUCAGGGGUAGCCAACCUUCUAGGUGUUCUGCACUACAGUUCUCACCAGCCCCUGCAAUCUUGGCUAUGCCUGCCCUAUGUCUUUUGGCUCCAGGUAUCUUGAGGCUGAGUGAGGGGACGCUGGCCCAAGCGCCCAGCCAGCGCCUGUGGCUGUUGCCCAAGCAGACCUACUUCGAUGUGGAAGAGAACAAGGGCAGGGCUCUGGAGAGGAAGAGGAACACCAUCUGCUGCCUCCUUCUUGAGAUCCUGAAAGAGGAGAGAGAGCUGCACAUCAACAGCCUGGUGUUCAGGGUAUGAAAUGCAGGGGUCUGGCCUUGUAGCGCAGUCCGGCUGGUAGCCAGUACCAGAGACUAACCCACUUUUUCUGCCUAUCCCAGGUGAUAGAUGCCUGCCAGAAACCGAAGCCGGGCUCAGUCCCAAAGUUCUCCAGCUUCUGCUGCAGCAGCGCUGACGUCCUGUCCUGUGUGCUCCACCUGCUAAACCAGGGCUCCAUCCAGCGCCGGGAAGACCACCCACAUCUCCUGCAGUGCGUCUCCACGGAGCCCCCCGCCCUGCCGGCACCAAGGAACCAGCCUCAAGUAGUCUUCCAGACUGUUGAGAUAAAAAAAGCACCGACUGCACCCUGCCCAGAAAAGAGACAGGCGUUCUCUACAUUUAGGUAGAACUGGCUGCUAGCCUGCCAACACAGCUGCCCAGAAUGCUGCCUUCCUGUGUUUUCAAGGCAACGGCGAGGAGGGCGACGGGUGUUUUUGCUCCACGGCGGACUCCUCCUUCUCCUAAUAGAUUGCAAGUUGCCUUUUCAGCAAAGAGCAAAGUGAGCUUCAGUAACGUUACGGGCUGCGGUGGACAGAGCUGGCUCCCUCCUGCAAGGAGAAAGUAGAAAAGUUGCCGCAAGCAGCUGCUUCCAGAAGGUGGAUGUUUUUUAUUCGAGCCAAGGGUUUGCCACUGCCUAACUGCCGUAAGCCUCCCUGGCUAGCAGCUGGCCUGUUAUUUGGUGCAAUAGGAUGCAACAAAGACUGGUUGGUAAGCAACCACAGCCUUUCCUGAAUGUCCAGAAUCGCUUGGGGUUGUAUAACCCAGGCAACUCGGGAAGCGUCUUCUCCAGAUUGUAUACUUGCCUUAUUUCCCCCAGUGUCAAAUUGCCAUGCAAACAUGGCCCAAUGGAAGGAUUGCUUCCUUCCCCCUCACUGGGAAUGUGAUCUUUUGAUUAAUGUCUCUGGCCUUAGGGGAGGUGCAUCGCCCAUCCUUGCAUGUUCGUUUGGCUGCUGGACAAAGCUAGCACCUCACUGAGCUGAUACUCAGGCCACUUUUGGUCCGUUUUUCUUUUUUGUAAUCCUCAAAUCCAGGGCUAGCCAACAUGGUGUCCUCUAGAUGAUGUUGGGACUACCCACUCCUGACAGCUGCAGCCAAGAUAGCAAGUGGUCCAGGAUCUUCAGGAGUUGUAGUCCAUCGUCAUCUAAAGUGCCUCCUGUUGGCUACAUGUGCUCUGAUUUCUUUAAGACAUCCUUUCAGUCCAUAAGACAGGACAUCCGGCCUAGCCUUUGUGUAGGAAUCUAGUGCUGGUGUAUUUAUUUUUAUUUAUUUUUUAUUUUUAGUGUAUUUUGUGUUCUCGUUUUAUAUUUUUGUGUUGUGAACUGCCCUGGGAUCUUUGGACGAAGGGUGGUAUGCAAAUGUAAUAAAUAAUCACAAUAAUGAUUGAGCCACUCGCAUUCUAGCCUAACAGUGAGUGCCAUUGGGCAGAGGCUGAAGAGUGAACGGCCAGCACCUUUCGCUUUGCAAUGGAUGAGUCAGCCUUUGAUGGGUGCUGAAGCCCUUGCCAGUGGCCAGACCUGGCCUGGGGUGGUCACUGUGAACCACGGUGCGGUAAAUUAGCUGCUAGGGCCAGCUGUUUAAUUUUAAAACGAGACCUAGAAGUUUGUACUCUCAGAUGUAGCUUGUGAGCAAGUUCGUUUACAUAACAAGUGCACACAAUUUGUGUAGUAGCUAUAAUGUCCACAUCCCCAGUAGGUAAUAUGUGUAUUUGUAGAGGUCUAUAGGGACCUAUAGCUGUCACUGAAGGAAGGGAUGGUUGGAGACACCCAGUUUUUAAACAUUACACAUUGAUAUGGCUUGUGGGGAUGGGCCAUGUGGCCUUUGACCUUCUGUUAAGACUCCAGCCUUCCUCAGCUCCAGCCAGCAUGACCGGGGGUCAGAAAUAAACAGGAUCUGUCAUCUUCCCAAAAUCAGGUAUGUGAGGUGCUGGGCUUUGGGGUUCCAGAGUCCUCACACCUCCUCCCCAAAGCCUAGUUAGCACUUUCCCAGCUUUGGCAAGGAGGUGGGAGGGCUCUAGGAUCCUGCCAGAGCUUCAUGCCUCCAUCCCAAAGCACAGUACCUAAUUUUUGGGAAGCCAGUGUAAGGACUGGGGGCUCAUAUUUUCACCUUGCUCCCCCCACCGCUCUCCCACACAUCAGGGCAGUGUGCAGCCCACAGUUUCUGUGUCAAAGUACUCUUGGCGGCCCACUUGUUAUGAAAAAUUGGACUGCCCUGUUGGAGGGUCAAAAAUGAGGUGUACAACAUCUCACUCACUGGUACUUCUGCAUAUUGUUUUACCUCCCAUGCUUUCUCUUGCCUCGUUCAAUGCAAUGGCCAGCUGCUUUGUCAUUUCAUUCCUUUCUGAAGAAGUCCAAAACCUGUAAUCCCAUUAACUGCUGAAGUCCAAAUAAUAAUAGUAACAAUAAAACAAAUUGGUUAAGAAUC